AUGGCCGCCGCUGUGAAGCCUACCAAAAAUCAGUUAAAGCGAGCAAAGAAGAAGGCUGAGAAGGAGAAGAAAAAGGUAUACGUUCCAUCUUACCACCUGUCUUCUAAUUCUGACGGCACGCAGACUGGCGCGGAACCAGCCCCAGAAGAUACAGUUACAAAUGGAACAUCCCCAAAACUCGACGCCGAACAAGAACAAUCUGCAGUGUCGAAAGGUGGAAAGAUCAAGUCCGAAGAUGCGCACUAUGACGACCCCCUCGCAGACCCACUCAUUGUCGACGAGGAGAAUCCUUUAUAUGAUAUGUAUAAGAACGUGAUGGAAAAAUUCGAGGAGGCAGAUAAAGGAGAUCCCGCAUUAAAGGAACCAGAGAAGCCAGAAGUGUACUAUGACGACGACGACGAUAUUCCAGACGAGGACGAAGAAAACGCGGCGCCAAAGAUUUCCAAGAAAAAGAAGAAAGAGAUGACAAAGUUGUCCGUGGCAGAACUGAAGGCGCUUGUGAAGAGGCCUGAAAUGGUGGAAUGGACAGACACCUCAGCGCCCGAUCCUAGGUUGUUAGUCCAUAUCAAGUCAUAUCGAAACGUUGUCCCAGUACCGAGUCACUGGUCGCUCAAGAGAGAAUAUCUAUCUUCGAAACGCGGGAUUGAGAAGCCACCGUUCUCGCUACCGAAAUUCAUCCAAGAAACAGGCAUCGCAGAGAUGCGAGACGCGAUUUUGGAGAAGCAGGAAAACGCCACGCUGAAGCAGAAGCAACGCGAGCGCGUACAGGGAAAGACCGGAAAACUCGAUAUUGAUUACCAGAAACUUUACGAUGCGUUCUUCAGGUUCCAGACGAAACCAGAGUUGACGAGGUAUGGUGAAGUGUAUUAUGAGGGCAAAGAGUUUGAAACGAACCUGCGGCACUUGCGACCUGGGGAGCUAUCUGACGAACUGAAGGAGGCGCUGAACAUGCCCCCCGGCGCACCUCCUCCGUGGCUGAUCAAUAUGCAGAGAUACGGGCCACCUCCAUCGUACCCAGCUCUCAAGGUACCCGGCGUUAAUGCUCCUCCCCCGCCGGGUGCAAGCUGGGGGUUUGCACCGGGCCAAUGGGGCAAGCCGCCUGUGGAUGAAGCGACGAACAGACCUCUCUAUGGUGGUGAUAUCUUCGGUGUCCUACAGCAGACACAGAACGCUCAACAAGGCGAGCCUGUCGAGAAAGAACUCUGGGGUGAAUUGCAAGAACAAGAAGAGUCCGAAGAGGAAGAGGAAGAAGAGGAAGAAGAGGAAGAGGAAGAGGAGGGUGGUGCUGGGCUAGACGCUUCAACCGGUAUGGAGACACCUAGUGGCAUGACCUCCGCCGUGCCCACGGAAAUUGGCGGCACGGAAACCGUCUCUGAAUUUGACUUGCGGAAACGUCGAGGCACGGAAACUGAAGAAUCGUCUCAUCCACGAUCAGCCUACCAAGUCAUCCCAGAACGCCAAACUCGUGUUGAGGGCUUCUUCGGAGGUGACCGCGUCUACGACCUCAAGGCCGCUCAACAACACUCUGCGUCCGGUGUGCCCGUCCUGGGACAAGAUGACGCGUCCCGCAAACGGAAGAGGCCCGGGGAUGUGGAUGUGUCGAUGGACCCGGAUGCUCUUGCUGCACAUGAUGGGAUGGAUAAAGACGACCUGCGACGCGCAUAUGAGCAAGGUCGUAAAGCAGAUCAGAAUCCCAAUUGGGAUUUCCAAGAGGACUUGUCUGAGAUGAUUGCGUCAGAACUUAGAAAGAGGCAGAAGCGGGAUGAAGAAAGGAAGGGGAAGAGAUGA